CUCUACCCAAUCCCAGGGCGAGAAAGAUCGUGGAGCGCGGUAUGAUUGCUUUUUAGGAUCAUGUCCUCCCCACAAGUAGCCCGUAACCUUCCUCUUACUUUCCCUUCCUGGCCAGCGGCUUGCGAGUGAAGAACGUCCUAGGCAACUCGUCGCGUCUCACUCCGUCGGCCACCACUCCCAGUUACGUUACUGCCAUCGCUAACGAGUAACUGCACGUCGUUCGCCAGGCCAGUCAGUAUUGGUUGGUACCAAUAUAAACCUCGCUCGUGUCCCCUACUUUCUACCUCUCCCUCUUCCUUUCCCAGUCGAGCACCCAAACACCUUCAAUCCUGUCUCCUCAUCGCUAUCCGACCUCAGCGUCGCCCGUAACAGACACCUAAUUACCUAGGUGGUCAAUUCUUUCAUACACGGAAUCCGAACUCGACAGAUCAACUCCCAAUGGCUGCCCCUGUGGUCAAGACCGCCGGUGGAAACAAUGCAUUUCACAACUUCCAUAACGAUUUUGCUCAUAUUCAGGAUCCCAAUGAGCGACGAAGAUUAGCUCUCGCCGAGAUUGACAAGGCUCCCUUUGGAUGGUAUCACGUUCGUGCUUGUGUGGUUGCCGGUAUUGGUUUUUUUACGGAUUCUUACGAUGUAAGUUUUAAACCAUUGCAAACAAACUAAUCUGAAUGUAUCAAAACCUAAUAUUUAUCAGAUCUUCGCCAUUAACUUGGUCACGGCUAUGUUAGGUGUUGUCUUCUGGCAAAACCCAAAGGCAAAAGGUGUCAUCCCACCAAAUUCCGAUACGGCUAUCAAAGUCGCUACAUCUGGUGGAACCGUCCUCGGACAGCUUGGUUUUGGUUAUCUCGCAGAUGUCGUUGGUCGUAAGAAGAUGUAUGGUCUCGAGUUGAUCCUUAUUAUUUUCGCCACGCUCGCUCAAUCUCUUUCUUCGCCAUCUCCAGCUAUUUCCAUUGUCGGCCUCAUCAUUUUCUGGCGAGUUCUUAUGGUGAGUAGAUGCAUAUGGAAACUUGAAACUUGCCAACUGUUGAUAGGGUAUUGGAAUUGGAGGAGACUACCCGUUGUCUUCAAUUAUCACAUCCGAAUUCGCUACCACAAAAUGGAGAGGAGCCAUGAUGAACGCUGUGUUUGCUAUGCAGGGUAUUGGUCAAUUUGCCGCUGCCAUUAUGGCUUUGAUUGUCACGGCUGGUUUCAAGGAAUCUUUGAUCACUGGUAGCAAGCCAUCAACCUGUACUGGUGUUUGCCAACUUGCUGUUGACAAGAUGUGGCGUGUUAUCAUGUAAGUCGAUACUCGGUCAGCUUUGGUAAUAUCUCUAAUGUCAAAAUAGUGGCUUCGGUGCUGUACCAGGCUGUAUCGCCCUUUACUACCGUCUUACCAUCCCAGAGACUCCUCGUUAUACAUUCGAUGUCGCCCGUGAUGUCGAGAAGGCAGCUGAGGACGCCAGUGCCUACAUGCGCGGUCGACCCGAGGGAGAAGUGGAUGAGAUUCGUCGUGUCACCGCCAUGCAGAAAAACGCCAGCGCUCUAGAAAUCCCCAAAGCCUCCAUGAGAGACUUCAUCCACCACUACCGACAAUGGAAAUACGGCAAGGUCCUCCUUGGCACAGCUGGUUCCUGGUUCUUUCUCGACGUUGCCUAUUACGGUCUAGGUCUAAACAACUCCAUCAUCCUCUCUACCAUCGGCUAUUCAGGCGGCAAAAACAUGUACGAAGUCUUCUACAAAACCGCCGUCGGCAACCUGAUCCUCGUCUGCGCGGGUGCCAUCCCAGGCUACUGGGUCUCCGUAGCCACCAUCGACACGCUCGGCCGCAAGCCCAUCCAAAUCGGCGGCUUCGCAAUGCUCACCAUCCUCUUCGUCGUCAUCGGCUUCGCAUACGACAAACUCUCCGGCAGCGCCAUCCUCGGUUUCUACGUCGUUGCGCAAUUCUUCUUCAACUUCGGCCCCAACUCCACGACCUUCGUCGUCCCCGGUGAAUGCUUUCCUACUCGUUAUCGAUCGACCUCUCAUGGUUUCUCGGCUGCGUCGGGGAAGGUGGGUGCGAUCAUUGCGCAGGUCGUCUUUGGACCGCUUCGUACGCGUGGUGCGAAGCCGGGUGCGACGGGGAGGGAUGCUUCGCCUUGGUUGAAGCAUAUUAUGCAGAUCUUUGCGUUGUUUAUGUUGGCGGGUCUGAUUACUUCUUUCUUGAUCCCGGAGACGAAGAGGAGGACUUUGGAGGAGUUGGCGGGUGAAGUUCCUGGGUAUGUUUUCCCCUCUUUUUCACAUCUUGACUCCAUCUUUUUUUCUCUUUUUUUGGGUGAUGUACUGAAAUUUCUUUCCUCAAAUAGAACACCUAGUUACGACCCCUCAAACGAUCGUCACACCCGUAAAGUCUCGGACGAGAAUUCAGCGGAGGGAAGUAAGGAGAGAGCUGGUCAUGAGACGAAAGUCCUUUAGAUAAUCACCAUACCAUGUUCCUUUCUCUUCUCCUUGCAUUCUACUUUCUUUCUGUCAUCUGGACUGGGCUGGGUAGGUAUGUAGAUUGCCGUUUGUUCUUCCUUCGUGGAACAUGAUUUGGUGGGGACUAGG